GUAGUAGUGGUGGUGGUGGUGGUGCGUCCGUCUCCCUGCGCGACACGGGCCUCGAACUGGAACGAGCCACGACGACGCUCGCACGUGAGCACGUCGCCGCGGCCGCGAGAUGAGAGACGUGAGUCCCUUCGAUCACCGCCUACCUUCUGCUUCUCUGUCUCUGUUUCUCUGUCUCUGUCUCUGUCUCCGUCUCGCUUUCUCAUCAUCUCUAUCAUCAUUGUCCACCUCAUGUCCCAUUGUCUCCACCGUCUCCACCUCCUCCCCCGGGUUUCCAUGUGCCGCGAGAGAGGCGCGACGCACGAUUGGCCAUCUUUGAGAGCGCUCGAACGGUCGCGGAGCUGCUCGCUUCGUGACACUCCGGUGACACCUUCGCGAUACCGCGAGGAGAUGUCACGUUGAGACCGACCGGACCGCCCCGCUCGAGAGAUGGCCCUCCCGCCCCGCAAGAUGUCUUUCUAGCGUUGCAAAGCCGCGACGUCGAUUCUCCGCGCCGGGGGAGGACGAGGAGGAAGAGGAGGGAGGGAGGGGGCAAGAUUUCACGGGCGAUCUCGAUUCUGUCCGCGGGUCCGCGGAUACGCGAGUCGCCGCGGUGUAUAAUUGGCUUCGCGCUCGGUCGGCCGCGGCGGAGGUGAGGUCGCGCGCGUGCGGGCGGCAGCUGUUGUUGCCUUGAAAAACAAUGUCGCCGAGGAGUCGCGUCCGGCCGGAUCGGUCGAUCCUGAGGAGAUUCACCAGGCGAUCUCGCUCGAUUCACACGGGGCUGCGAGGUUGACGUGACACCGCGCUCAGCAAGGUGUGACCGAGCUGAUACCGCCCGAGGCAUGGCCAGCAGCACGGAGGACUACGGGUCCGAGCUGCAGGAGCUGCAGUGGGGCGCCGGCACCGGCACGCACUUCCUGCGCGGCGGCAGCGGUUCUCACUUCCUGAGGAGCGGCACCGGCGGCUGCUACGAGGCCGAGGACCUCGAGCCCGCCAGCAGGCACCAUGGCGGCCAACACCGCGGCUACUACAGCCCACCCGGCACCAGCUACACCAUCGUCGAGAGGCCGCCCAGCGCGCCCCAUCAUCACUCCUCGCACGCGACCCCGUACAGACAUAGGGGUCAUGGCGCCGCUGGUACCGGUGCCAUCUCCCCGGAACAGGUGCUCAGACUAUUCGGCAACAGCGUGACGUCGGAGCGACGACAAGGCGACCGGAGGACGCCGGCGUCCAGCCCGGCGAGCGUCGCGGCGGUUCGCAGCACGCCGACCGGCGGCUCGCAGCAGCAGCAACAGCAGCAAUCGCAGCAGUCGCAGCAGCAGCAACAGCAGCAGCAGGCCAACGCCGCGAACCCGCCCACGUCGCCGAUCGCGCAGCCGCUCAGCCUGCAGGAGCUCACCGUAAGGACAAUCACCAUGACGAGAGAUCCGCCGGACUCUCACCAUGGCUUUGGCAUCUGCGUGAAGGGUGGCAAGGACGCAGGUGAGAUCCGAAGUACCUUCAGGCUACCCCCGUCGCCGUACUUCGUGCCUCGAGAACGAGAAGCGCAGUCAGGGGUGGGCGUCUACAUCUCAAGGGUGGAGGAAGGUUCGGUGGCUGAACGCGCUGGACUCAGGCCAGGAGAUACCAUCCUGGAGGUGAACGGCACACCCUUCCGCGCCGUCACUCACGAGGAGGCCCUCAAAAUGCUGAAGUCCUGCAAGACCCUGAGCAUGACGGUGCGAGGACCCGCGUUGGAUCCUCGCUGUCGGGGCGGUCACCCCGUGUGGUCAUCCUCGGGUCGCCAGCAAUCCUGCAGCUGGAUGGAUCGUCAAGGUCGCCCGACCUCACCGCCGCCUCUUCAUCUACCCCGCGACCCCCGCUACGGCCCGAGGACACGGAAGGUAGAGCUGUGCAUCGAGCACGGCCAAUCCCUCGGCCUGAUGAUACGCGGCGGUCUGGAAUACGGCCUCGGGAUCUACGUGACGGGUGUCGACAAGGACAGCGUAGCCGACCGCGCCGGUCUCCUCGUGGGCGAUCAGAUCAUCGAGGUGAACGGACAGAGCUUCGAGGAGGCGACGCACGACGAGGCGGUCCAGUUCCUCAAGACAAACAAGAGGAUGAGCCUGCUGAUACGCGACGUUGGCAAGGUGCCGCAUUCGUGUACCACCAGCCAACCCAUAGUGAUCCCAACCUCUCGAUAUCCCGAGCACGAUCCUAUGCUUCUGGAGAGUCCAGGGAAUCAUCGGCCACCCAGCCCCGCGAGCAGUACGAACGAAUGGAGACACCGGGGUGGCGUCCACACCGUUUCCGCGGACACCGCCGCCAUGGUGGAGGAGAAGGCGAGAGUCGUGCUCGCCCGAAGCGAGAGAGCCGCGCUCUCGCAGCUCUUGGCUGACUACAGCACCAGGAGGUUGACCGUGGAGGAUUUGGUCAUCAGCCUGGACAACCUCCUAAACACCGAUGAGAAGCGCACGCUGCUGACGGAGCUCACGGAGCUCGUCGACAGCGAGGACAGGAAGGCCUUCGAUUACCUCGUCUACAGAAGACCCCGAAUAGCCAUGACCAGGAGAAAAGGUGACCGCGCUCACUCGGACUUGAUAGUGACUCCUUCGCUGCACGAUCUUCCGAGGGGUGUGCCCGGUGGUGGUUGUUGCCGUCCGGGACGACUGGUGGACGUCGAGGGAGAUCCCCUGGGAGUGACGGGCCCACUUCUGCCGCGGGAUAACCAGGAGUAUAGGUCGCCGAGCGAGGACAGCGGUCUCGGGGCCGACAUGCCCAGGACCAGAGUGAGCUGCAGGAGGGCGCAGCAGCACCAAGUGACGACCUCCGACCUCGCCCUCUCCAACGACGACGAGUGCGACAAUCAGGACUACGAUGACGAGAUCGAGAACGGACGAGGUCGCAGACACAGCUCGCCGGGCGGCUCGCGAGGUAACCCCCGGGAUUACGGCCACCACCUGCACCUGGACAAUUUGGAGAGCGACGGGGGUUGUGAGGGUAGCGACGCCGAGAUGAUCGGUAACGGGAGACGGGGCGGCGGCGCAGGCGAGAGGGAUCGCGAUUUGGAGGAGGAUGAGGACGAAGGCAGGGAGGAGAGGAGCUCGGAGAGUGGAGGUGGUGGAGGUUUCGGUGGUUGGAGGUCCCACCUACUCGGUGGGCUCACGCAACGCGUCAAAUCCUGGUACUGGGGCGCCAGGCCCCUCGAGCUCGCGCACAAACUCUCGCGGAGCUUCGACAUGCAGGAGGCGCAGCUGCUGGAGGAGAGCGGCUCCGGCGGCGGAUCCGCCGGAAGCGGGACCGCGGGGGGCCCGCCGCGCCGGCAUCACAGCGUGCAGAGGCUGACACGCAGCGAGAUGUCGGAGAGACGCGAGGAGGACGGCGCCCUGGUGGUGCCCGAUCAUCAGGGCAACCUGCGCAUCACCGUGAGGAAGACCAAGUCGAUUCUGGGCAUCGCCAUCGAGGGCGGCGCCAACACUAAGCAUCCACUGCCCCGGAUCAUCAACAUACACGAUAAUGGUGCAGCUUACGAGGCUGGCGGCCUCGAAGUCGGUCAGCUCAUCCUCGAGGUCGACGGUCAGAAAGUUGAAGGGCUUCAUCAUCAAGAGGUCGCGCGAUUGAUCGCCGAGUCGUUCGCGCGGCGCGAUCGGAACGAAAUCGAGUUCCUGGUAGUGGAGGCGAAGAAGAGCAACCUGGAGCCGAAGCCGACGGCGCUCAUUUUUCUGGAGGCGUAGCAGGAAUCUCCCACCUCCGAGCCGGAACCACCGUAGCCCAACCUGACCAAAGCUCGGUCAGCGGCGAUUCAGGAGCGUCGCCGCCGUUAAAUCCGAUCGAGACUGAUAACACCGAGAAUUAUCCCGAAUAAUUCACGAUUCAAUCUCGCGGAGGAGGUUUCGAAUCACAUCAACCGCCCCCCCCGUCGAGUUCUCGAUCUGGAUGGCCGAGCUGUCGGUCAGCUGCUAAUUCACCUGGCCCUGGUGGUGGGAACUUCACUUCACUCGCUGAUGAAACAACAACAACAACAACAAAACAAACAACACUCGGAAGACACGAAGAGGGACGAAGCGAAGAGGACGACGAGACGCCGAAGAGGUGGCGCGGAGUGCGGCGUUACCUUCGGCUUCUGAUCGGGACCUUCAGAAGGAUCGCGCGUCGAGGCUUCGCAAAGAUAAAAACAAGGGAAAAGAAAUACGCGAGAAUAUCGAAAUCCGCGAAUUUUACUCACGGGGAAAAGCCACGAGUUCCUGGCGCGACCGCCACUCUUAGUCGAAGUUGCACUUCGCUCCGACACUUUUCUUUCCUCGCGUGACCGGCGUGAUCGUACGAGAAGAAUAAAAGUUCGCGUCGCGCGCUCGACGCCGCACGCGAGACGACCACCGCGAAAGAGAAAAUUCCUUUAACUGUAUAUAAAAUACAUCGCUGUACAUAACUCUUCUCUAACAGACAGUUCGAUAGAGAGCAAGUAGCCACUCCGCCGAGAGCGCCUAAGACCGCUGAAUUCCGAAGGUCCCGAAGGCAACGAGCAACACACGCUGGUCUCACGGCAAGCCUCUGCGAGCUGAAAAGCUGUUCGUUCGCCGUUUAAUUGCGCGAUCAUCAUCAUCGUCAUCGUCGAUCACGAAGACGCUACCGUUCGAUGCUAUCGAGGACACGCGCGAGCGUUCUCUCUCUCUCUCUCUCUCUCUCUCUCUCUCUCCCCUCCCCCUCUCCCUUUUUUCUUUCACCCUCCUCCUCCCCUUCUCCCCCCCCUCUCUCUCUCCGUGGAAAUCUCGGAGAGAGGACUAAGAUCGAUAUAUUUUUCAUGGGCGUGUCGUCGCAAACGCAGCGUCCGGUGGCCGCUUCGAAGACGAGGACGAGGAGACAAAAACGAGACCGAAGAGAAAAGAUCGUGCAAUGUGCCAAACAAACGCAAGCUGUUUCACGUAUACUAAAUAUAUAAAGCUGCUAAUCGAUAAGGGGUUUAGUUCGAGGGGGUACGUUCUCGGUGACGCUCUCUCCCUCACGUGCGCGACCGUGCGGGAACGCGCAGGCGAAUGCAACGAGAGUGCGGACCUACAUGCUCACAGUGUUGCGUGAAGAUUACCUCAUACAUUCACAGACACACACAGGAGUUUACAGGAGUAUAUUCGUGCGGCAGCGGCUGCGGCAGCGGCGACGACGACGACGACGACGACGACGACGACGACGUCAUCGUCGUCAAUAGUCGCGUCCGCUCCGGUCGGUAUCGCAUUAAUCGUCGAUUAAUUAUGAGAGAUGCUGAGGAUAUGCGCAACUGAAAGGCGGAAGGGUGCGAGUCCAAAGAAAGGAUAAAUCAAAAACAAACGCGAAUUUCGCGCGCGAAUCUCUCUCCCUCUCUGUCUCUUUUCUUUCGAUCUGGUCCCUUUCCUCUCGGAAUCUGGUUGUGAAAAUAAUUUGCCCCUCGGGAAGAUUCGCAAGAACAAUUUUGUAACAGCACGCCAAUUGAGAUUGAUUUGAUUCGAAAACGUGACUUCGACUUGGACUCGCUUCGUCCCGCAAAUUCUCGGCGAAUUCGGAAUCGCACCUUUCCGCUUCUCGGUUGCGGCCACGUUGAUCAAGAUUUUCGUUAAUUCGAGUGAAUAGGUGUCUUUCGGCUGGUCCUCGAAAUCGCGCCUAAUAUCGCUUAAUAGUCUGUUAAAUGUUACUGUAUAGAUUAAUAACAGUUUUUGAUGUAGUUGAUCGACGUUGAAUCGGGCGUCGCUAGGACGUCGCGCGUUGUUCGUUUAUUGCGUUAUCGGUUGUGUGUUAGAGAUAAUUGAACUCCUCGGGCGCGCGAUCAUCCGCGCGAGCGCACCGCUGCGUGUACUCUUCGGCUUCACUUCAUUCCUGUCCGAGAGGAAUUUAACGAUCCAUCUGUUUGCGAAGUUUAACAUUUACCGAAGAUAGUCGUCGAUUCUUCGAAGAAAUUGUAUUACCGUUGUUUCCGUUGACUUUGCUUCUAGUGAUCGCGAGUCAAGAGUUAAAUCGAGGAGAUUGAGAGUUAGCGAGGGAAUGAACACAUUUCACGUGCAAUUGAGCGCUCAAUAGAGUUGAGCGGGGAGAACAAAUACAGGCGAUUA